AAAUCAGACUCUUAUGUUCUGGUAUCGUGACUUCCACCACGAGUGACUAUUACCCAUAAAACUACACAUCAGUUCUUCGAUACUCUUGCAAUCUAAGCUCACUGCUCACUGUGAGUCACAGGUUCCUUGAUAUCAAGAAGGCGUAAAAACCAGACCAGAAGACCGUCAUUUUCAUCCCACCCCAAAGGAUUCCUCAACAUCGUCUUGGAACCGAAUCACAUUUAUUCUUUUGUGAUCUGCACAUUGGGCGGAGAUUAGAAUAAGCCAUUCAGGCUAGUUAUUCAGGAAGUAAAAUUCUACAUGCAAGUCUCUCAGAAAGGAGACAAAAGGAAAGGAUGAAAUAUUGGGAAUUACAUUAUCUGCAAAAAUGCAGCAAAUGCAAUUUGUCACAAUGUACAAGGAAUAUCCCAAUGAAGCAUUAUCAGUGGUGAGUGACGAUCAAUCCUUGUUUGAGUGCGCUUACGGAACUCAGCAUCUCACUAAGACGGAGAUGACUGCAUCUUCCUCGAGUGAAUAUGGGCAAACUUCAAAAAUGAGUCCUCGUGUCCCUCAACAAGACUGGUUGUCACAACCUCCAUCCAGAGUGACCAUCAAGAUGGAAUGUAACCCAAAUCAAGUGAAUGGAUCCAGGAGUUCCCCGGAUGGAUGCAGUAUAGCAAAAGGAGGCAAGAUGAGUGGAGGGUCCGAUGUUGGGAUGAACUACGGCAGCUACUUAGAAGAGAAGCAUGUACCACCUCCCAACAUGACAACCAACGAACGAAGAGUCAUUGUCCCCGCUGAUCCAACUUUGUGGAGUACCGACCAUGUACGGCAGUGGUUGGAAUGGGCAAUUAAAGAAUAUGGCCUACCAGACGUCGAUGUGCAGCUGUUUCAUAACAUCGAUGGGAAGGAGCUGUGCAAAAUGACCAAAGAAGACUUUCACAGACUCACUCCAAGCUACAAUGCCGACAUUCUUCUCUCACAUCUUCACUACCUCAGAGAAACUCCUCUUCCACAUUUGACUUCAGAUGAUGUUGAUAAGGCCUUACAAAACUCGCCACGAUUAAUGCAUGCUAGAAACUCAGGGGGUGCAAGUUUUAUUUUUCCAAACACAUCUGCUUAUCCGGAAGCAACACAAAGAGUUACAAACAGGCCAGAUCUAACCUAUGAGCCAUCAAGAAGGUCCGCUUGGACAAACCACCCUGCACCUCAAUCAAAAGCCUCCCAGCCAUCUACCACAGUACCCAAAACAGAGGACCCAAGACCCCAGCUGGAUCCGUAUCAAAUCCUUGGCCCAACCAGCAGCCGGCUUGCAAAUCCAGGCAGUGGACAAAUCCAACUAUGGCAGUUUCUUUUGGAGCUUUUGUCUGACAGCUCAAACUCUAACUGUAUUACUUGGGAGGGAACCAAUGGAGAGUUUAAAAUGACAGACCCUGAUGAAGUGGCAAGACGAUGGGGGGAAAGAAAGAGCAAGCCCAACAUGAACUAUGACAAGCUCAGCCGUGCACUUCGUUACUACUAUGACAAAAAUAUUAUGACUAAGGUCCAUGGCAAGCGCUACGCUUACAAAUUUGAUUUUCAUGGGAUUGCUCAGGCUCUCCAGCCACAUCCCCCAGAAUCAACCAUGUACAAGUACCCAUCAGAACUUCCCUACAUGAGCUCCUACCACGCACACCCUCAGAAGAUGAACUUUGUUGCUCCUCACCCCCCAGCUUUACCUGUGACAUCAUCCAGUUUCUUUGCAGCUCCAAAUCCAUACUGGAAUUCUCCAACUGGAAGUAUUUAUCCCAACACUCGACUUCCGGCUAGCCACAUGCCAUCCCACCUCGGAAGUUACUACUAAGUUACUGACUAAAAGACUUUUGUUGUGGAAUACAGUCCCCUAUAAAUUGCAUUAAACUCUAGUAAGAGAUUUCAAUGCUACUCAAGGGCCUUAUGUAAGAGGCAUAUGAACGUAGGGGAACCAUGCCAAAUAGACUUAUUGUAGAAAGUAGGGAUUACAAAAAUGUAUUACUAACGAAGUUCAGAGGCUAAAGAUGUAUUAUAAAAUGGCAUCAAGGCUUUGGACCAAUAUGUAUAGGACUUAGUAGAGUCGAUAAAGGUUUAUCUGGAAAUGGUGUUUAAAUGAUACUAGGCUGUAUACUUUUUGAAUUUUAUGGGAACCAUUUGAAAAAAAAAAGUCAUUUAUCACAGAAAUCUCCAGUGCCAAUAUUUUUAAGACAGUCUUUUUUGACAAAGUGGAACUUUUGGAAAGAUAAUUUCUCACCAAAUAUAUUUGACAAAAAAAGUACCAAGUGUCAAACUGUGAAGACUAACUACAUUCCUUGAGACUGAGGAAUAUGUCGAAUGAGCCACGCAAGGACAUUAGAAAGUGCCAAAAACUAAGUGUAUGAUAGAAGAUUUGGAUGCAAAUCCAGAACGAGAGAAGUCACCAAGUGGAAAAUUCAGAAACAGGACUUUUAUGAAUAUUCUAUUAUUAUUUUAAUGAAGGCUACAGAAGAGAUGUAGGAUAUGAAGCAAGGGCAAUAUGAAGAUUUAUUUUUCAGACUUCCUUUAGGAAUAUUGCACCAGCUUUUCAAAUACCACGACCAGUAUUAUAGAAGGUUGAAACCUUCACCUGGAAAAAAAAAGAUACAAUAUAAACAAUGAUUAAAGGGAAUUAUUAUAGAUUAGAUUAUCUUUAAUGAUAUUAUAAAACUGGAAUUGUCUGAUAUUUAAAAAAGGAGCUUUCAGGACCUCAUAUUUUAAAUUUACCGCAUCCUACAAUUUCAUCAAAUGGGACACAAAGUUGUUGUAAGAGAAGGAAUAAAAAAAAAAAUCGCAACCUUUUAUAUAUGUAUUUAGUAAUGAUUGGAAAAAAUAUUUUCAUAAUAUUUUCAUAUUUGUCAUAACUUUAGUAUUUAAAAAAAUUUCACGGAAGUCAGAAUGAUAUUUUGACACAGUUUUAAUGCAAUUGGUUUAUUUGAAUAUGUGUCAACAGAUGAAUUUAUUAUAGCACUGAGCAUGAUUAUUACAGCAAUAAAGGAUGCUUAUUGGAGGGAUUUUGUAGAGACGUAUCAGAUUUAUCUGCCAAUGCUCUCAGGUUGAAUUUGUAUGUGAUGCUUUUUCUACUUGGGUGAAGUUCGAAUUGAACGUAAAAUUAUCUUCCUCAUUGUUUAAAAUCUGAAUUCUUGUGUUUUUAUAAGUUUUAAUAAGCAGGCGCCAGUUUUAUUUGAGUCGCGAACGCUGUGCGUUUGUCAGAUCGAAAUAUUCAAGUCAAUGGUAUUUUUUUUCUUUUUUUAUAUAAUUAUAUAAGUUAUGCAUUUAUACACUACGAGUUGAGCUCGGCCAACCAAAGAAACAAAGAAGGGACAUUUAAAAUUUUUGUGGCCUUGAAUAUAAACUCUGUAUGCUUAAAGUUUACAAUAUGAAGUAUUAGUACUUAGAAUGCAAUUUAUAUGCAAUACAAUAAGCUUGGCCUAGCAUGGCAAUUCAGAUUUAGAAAGUAGUCGUCAAUAUGCAUUUACGUGUGACCACGAUGCCCAUCUCAAAACUCAUACCUUGUACCUGCGGCAUUUGGUUCAUUGUGAUCAUGAUUUUAUUCUUUAAGCCUUUUAAUCCAUUUAAACCUCAAUAUUAGCCAUAAAUAAAAGCACAAAGUUUGACCCUACUAUUCUCUUAUAGUCUAAUUUAUUGUUAGAUGCAAAAAUGAAACAAAGGGGGAUUAGUCCUAAUGAUUUUUGGACUAGAACUGAGUCUAAAAAAUUUUUUAAUAGCUAUAUCCAUCCAUAGCACUUUUUACCAUCCUGCCCCCAGAGAUCUUCUCCUUUCUUAUUCUAUUGAGGACUUAGAAUUAAAGGACCACUCCACACCUCCAAAACCCCACCAAAAAAAGCCCCACAAUUUAGUAGAAAUACCCCCAAUCAAUACAUACAUGCAUAUUUUCAUGAUUGUAUUCAUUGGGAAUAUAGUUUAAAAUAGCUUACAAAAGCUACAGUUCUUAUGACUGCAGCCUUUGUAAGCCCCUCCACUUUCCCCCCCAGAAGAGAUGUUCAGUCUCUUCACAAGGAAAUAACCAAUGACUUGGUGCCCACGUGCACAUGCACGCCAGCUCGUGCAUGCACGUGCACAAUGUUGAGUGCACGUAUAUCGGACCUUGAACGUGCGGCUGUUCAUGCACGCACGCCCACCCAAUCGCAUGUGCAGGGAUGAAGCUGUCGAGCUGGUCUGUGGUCGGUGAGGGAGGAAGUAGAGCAUG